CACUCACCGCAGACCCUGAACCGGACCUUUGCCUCUACAUUCUCCUCCCGGCACCGUCUGAGACGGAGGACAGAGAGGCCAGGCUCACUCUUCCCGGCCUGGCUCGACCACGCAUUGCCCAGCGGCGUCGGGCUGCCCCUUCAGUGGACUACUUUUCCUUCCGCGGAGGGACUACUUCUGCGGAGGCAUCGGCACUGGCGGCGCGCACGACAUGGCGGUGGCGGCGGCGGCGCGCCUGAAGUAGAGGGACGCUGGCCCGGUCAGGCCUCGGCACGGCCUAUACACUUCGCUCGCUGGUUCGCUCCUGCUGUUCACCCCACGCCUGGCCAUGGCGGAGUCCUCGCCAGCCCGACGCCCGGUGCCCCUCAUCGAGUCGGAGCUGUACUUCCUAAUCGCCCGGUACCUGUCCGCCGGCCCGUGUCGGAGAGCCGCCCAGGUGCUGGUGCAGGAGCUGGAGCAGUAUCAGUUGCUGCCGAAGAGGUUGGAUUGGGAGGGCAAUGAGCACAGCAGGAGCUACGAGGAAUUGGUCUUAUCUAAUAAACAUGUGGCUCCUGAUCAUCUGUUGCAAAUCUGCCAGCGCAUCGGUCCCAUGUUGGAUAAAGAAAUUCCACCCAGUAUUUCAAGAGUCACUUCUUUACUUGGUGCAGGAAGGCAGUCUUUGCUACGUACAGCAAAAGACUGCAGGCACACAGUUUGGAAGGGCUCUGCCUUUGCUGCUCUUCAUAGAGGAAGACCUCCUGAAAUGCCAGUGAAUUACGGUUCCCCACCAAAUCUCGUGGAGAUACAUCGAGGCAAACAACUCACAGGGUGUUCCACUUUUAGCACAGCAUUUCCAGGAACUAUGUACCAGCAUAUAAAAAUGCACAGAAGGAUUCUUGGACAUCUAUCUGCUGUUUACUGUGUAGCAUUUGAUAGGACAGGACAUAGAAUCUUUACAGGUUCAGACGAUUGUUUGGUGAAGAUUUGGUCAACACAUAAUGGUCGCCUAUUAUCCACAUUAAGAGGUCAUUCUGCAGAAAUUUCAGAUAUGGCAGUAAACUAUGAGAAUACGAUGAUUGCUGCAGGGAGCUGCGAUAAAAUCAUCAGAGUGUGGUGCUUGAGAACCUGUGCCCCAGUGGCUGUGCUCCAAGGACACACAGGGUCAAUUACGUCUUUACAGUUUAGCCCAAUGGCCAAAGGCUCUCAGAGGUACAUGGUCUCAACUGGUGCUGAUGGGACAGUUUGUUUUUGGCAGUGGGAUUUAGAAUCUCUGAAAUUCAGUCCACGUCCCUUGAAGUUCACUGAAAAGCCUAGACCAGGUGUUCAAAUGCUUUGUUCUUCUUUUAGUGUUGGUGGUAUGUUUUUGGCCACUGGCAGUACUGAUCAUGUAAUCAGAAUGUAUUUUUUGGGUUUUGAAGCACCUGAAAAAAUUGCAGAACUUGAAAGCCACACUGAUAAAGUUGACAGUAUCCAAUUUUGUAAUAAUGGUGAUCGGUUUUUAAGUGGUAGCAGAGAUGGAACAGCACGUAUUUGGAGAUUUGAGCAGUUAGAAUGGAGAAGCAUUUUAUUGGAUAUGGCUACCAGAAUCUCAGGGGACUUGACUUCUGAAGAAGAAAGGUUCAUGAAACCCAAAGUAACAAUGAUAGCUUGGAAUCAGAAUGAUAGCAUUGUUGUCACAGCUGUGAAUGAUCAUGUCCUCAAAGUAUGGAAUUCGUAUACUGGACAACUGCUUCAUAACUUACUGGGACAUGCUGAUGAAGUAUUUGUUUUGGAGACACAUCCCUUUGAUUCCAGAAUUAUGUUAUCUGCAGGACAUGAUGGCAGUAUAUUUAUAUGGGAUGUUACAAAAGGUACCAAGGUGAAACAUUAUUUUAAUAUGAUUGAAGGACAAGGGCAUGGAGCUGUAUUUGACUGUAAGUUUUCACAGGAUGGACAGCAUUUUGCCUGUACAGACUCUCAUGGGCACCUUCUGAUAUUUGGGUUUGGAUGCAGCAAGCCAUAUGAAAAGAUUCCUGAUCAGAUGUUCUUCCAUACUGACUACAGACCACUGAUUAGAGACUCGAAUAAUUAUGUCUUAGAUGAGCAAACUCAGCAGGCUCCUCACCUUAUGCCUCCACCAUUCUUAGUAGAUGUAGAUGGAAAUCCUCAUCCAACUAAGUACCAGAGAUUAGUACCAGGCCGAGAAAAUUCUGCAGAUGAACAUUUGGUUCCACAGCUAGGCUAUGUGGCAACAAGUGAUGGAGAGGUAAUUGAACAAAUUAUAAGCCUACAAACGAAUGAUAGUGGGGAAGGAAGCCCAGAGUCCAGUGUUCUUGAUGGAAUGAUAAGACAGCUGCAACAGCAGCAGGAUCAGAGAAUGGGAGCUGGUCAGGAUACCAGUCCCAAUGCACUUCCACAUGGGGGAGAAACACCACGAAGAGGUUUCAGAAGACUAAGCUUAGACAUCCAGUCCCCUCCAAAUAUUGGUCUGCGUCGCAGUGGACAAGUUGAAGGUGUCCGUCAGAUGCACCAGAAUGCUCCCCGUAGUCAGAUUGCUACAGAGCGCGACCUGCAGGCCUGGAAGCGAAGAGUGGUUGUACCAGAGGUACCACUAGGCAUAUUUAGGAAUUUGGAAGACUUCAGAAUAGAGAAAGGUGAAGAGGAAAGAAAUCUUUAUGUAAUUGGGAGAAAAAAGAAGACCCUUCAGCUCUCACAGAAGUCUGACUCGGUGGUUUCGAUGUCACAGUCCAGGCAGAGGACAUGUAGACGCAAAUACUCAAAUUAUGGUAGAAGAAAUGUUGCACGGAAUGAGUUAUCUUCUGGAAAUGAGUCUUCAAGCUCUAUAAGACAUGAGACCUCCUGUGAUCAAAGUGAAGGUUCUUGUUCUUCAGAAGAAGAAGAAUGGAAAAGUGAUAGAAGAAGUGAAAGUGAUAGUGAAAGUUCAAGUGACUCUUCAUCUCAGUAUUCUGAUUGGACAGCUGAUGCAGGCAUCAAUUUGCAGCCUCCUUUAAGAAUGUCAUCUCGUCGGCGCAUUACCCGAUUCUGUAGUAGUUCAGAGGAUGAAAUGUCUACUGAGAAUUUAUCUCCUCCUAAAAGGAGACAAAAGAGAAAGAAAGAAAAUAAGCCCAAAAAAGAGAAUUUACAGAGAAUGACUCCAUCAGAGCUUGCAAAUAUGGAACAUUUAUAUGAAUUUCAUCCUCCAGUUUGGAUAACCGACACCACACUUCGAAGGUCUCCUUUUGUUCCACAAAUGGGUGAUGAGGUAAUAUAUUUUCGACAGGGUCAUGAAGCUUAUAUUGAGGCUGUCAGAAGAAAUAACAUUUAUGAACUGAACUGUAACAAAGAGCCAUGGAGAAAAAUGGAUCUUAGGGAUCAAGAAUUGGUCAAAAUUGUUGGAAUACGCUAUGAGGUUGGGCCCCCUACACUAUGUUGCCUCAAACUGGCAUUUAUAGAUCCUGCAACUGGGAAACUUACAGACAAAUCUUUCUCUAUUAGAUAUCAUGAUAUGCCAGAUGUUAUUGACUUUCUUGUGUUGCGUCAAUUUUACGAUGAAGCAAGACAAAGGAAUUGGCAGUGUAGUGACAGAUUCCGUUCUAUCAUUGACGAUGCCUGGUGGUUUGGAACAGUGCUAAGCCAAGAGCCCUAUCAGCCACAGUACCCCGAUAGUCAUUUCCAGUGUUACAUUGUUAGGUGGGACAACACUGAAAUUGAAAAGCUUAGCCCAUGGGAUAUGGAACCAAUUCCUGAUAAUGUUGAUCCACCUGAAGAAUUAGGAGCUAGUAUUUCUGUCACUUCAGAUGAGCUAGAGAAAUUGCUCUACAAACCACAAGAUGGUGAAUGGGGUCAUAAAUCAAGAGAUGAAGAAUGUGAACGAAUUAUUAGUGGUAUAGAUCAACUUUUGAAUCUUGAUAUAGCAGCAGCUUUUGCAGGUCCAGUUGAUCUGUGUACCUACCCGAAGUACUGUACCGUAGUGGCUUACCCAACUGAUCUUUACACAAUUCGAAUGAGACUUGUUAAUCGAUUUUACAGGAGGCUAUCUGCAUUGAUUUGGGAAGUCAGAUAUAUAGAACAUAAUGCCAGGACAUUUAACGAACCUGAGAGUGUAAUUGCACAAUCAGCUAAGAAGAUAACUGACCAACUUUUAAAAUUUAUCAAGAAUCAAGACUGUACAGAUAUCUCAGAACUUUCUAUCACUUCUGAAAAUGAUGAGCAAAAUGCCAAGUCUUUGGAUGAUAGUGAUCUACCUAAAACAUCUUCUGGAAGGAGAGUCCAUGAUUGGAGAAAAAGGAGUAGCAAAGCAAGCAACUAUGUUGAAAGCAACUGGAAGAAACAGUGUAAGGAACUGGUGAACUUAAUUUUUCAAUGUGAAGAUUCUGAACCAUUUAGACAACCUGUUGAUUUGGUUGAAUAUCCAGACUACAGAGAUAUUAUAGAUACUCCAAUGGAUUUUGGAACAGUAAGGGAAACUUUAGAAGCGGAAAAUUAUGACAGCCCUUUGGAAUUUUGCAAAGACAUCCGGUUGAUAUUUAGCAACGCAAAAGCAUAUACACCAAAUAAAAGAUCAAAGAUUUACAGUAUGACUUUGAGACUAUCUGCCUUAUUUGAAGAAAAGAUGAAGAAAAUAUCCUCUGAUUUUAAAAUUGGUCAAAAAUUCAAUGAAAAACUUCGAAGAAGCCAGAGGUUCAGGAGACAGCAAAAUUGUAACCGUGUCAACCAGGCUAACAAAAGUAUCAGAAAUAUCAAGCAGAAGCGUUUAAAAUCUCAGACAAGAGUGGUUACUGAGCUGGUGGGUUCUCCUACCCAGUCUACCUCAAGUCAAGCAGCUUACUCUGCAAGACACAAGACAAGUGCUGGUGUCUCUUCAGGCAUUACUUCUGGUGACUCUUCAGAUUCAACAGGAUCAUCAGAAAGAAUAAGAAGAAAUAGAACUGCCCCUCUAACAAAUGGUUCUGCCUUAUCUGAAAGUGAAAUGGAAGAUUCCUUAAGUACCUCUUCAUCUUCAGCUUCAAGUAGUUCCGAGGAAAGCAAAGAGAGUUCAAGAGCUCGUGAACCCUCCUUACGUGGGAGGCUAGCCAGAAGCAGCAAUCUCAGAGUGACCAGGACCAGAGCUGCCCAAAGAAAAACUGGUCCACUUUCUUUAGAAAAUGGAUGUGGCAGAAAAGCCACUAGAAAGAGGGUCUAUUUAAGUGACUCUGAUAACAAUUCAAUGGAGACUGGUGAAAGUCUAACAGCUCGAGCUGGAAAUAACCGGAAAGUGCUACGAAAGUGUGCUGCUGUGGCUGCCAAUAAGAUAAAGCUAAUGAGUGAUGUAGAGGAAGAUUCUAGCUCUGAAAGUGUCUGUUCUGGCCGUAAGCUGCCUCACCGCAAUGCUUCUGCUGUAGCUAGAAAAAAGUUAUUAUAUAAUUCUGAAGAUGAUCAAAGCUUAAAGUCAGAAACUGAAGAAGAGGAGCUAAAAGAAAAAAAUCAACAAUCACCAGUGUCCAGCUGUCAUGUUGCCCAGAAUAAUGUCAGUGAAUCUGAAAAUGGAGACUCAGAGUCAGAGAGUGACUUGAAGGUAGUCCGGAAAAGUUGGCAGGCGAAUGGUCACAAGUCACACACUCCAACAACUUCCAAAACGAAAUUUCUUAAAAUAGAGUCCUCUGAGGAAGACUCUAAGAGUCAUGGUUCAGAUAAUGGACAUAACAGAACUAUUGGCCCGUCAACUUCUGGGCAGAAACUUAAGGCAAGAAGCAUCUCAGGGAAAGAGGAGGAAGCAGAUUCUGAACCAAGAAAGUAUGAUGGUAGGAAAUACAACACAGGUCGCAAGAAUGCUGCUUUCCUUAAAAAAGCAAAGAUCUUCAGUGAUUCAGAGGACUCUGAAUCUGAAGAAGAUAGAAAAGACAGUAGAUGUCACAAAAUGGCAGCAAACCUGAUGUUGGGGAAUCUGAAGUGUGAACCUAUUGCUGGGUCCCAUCGUUUCUCAGAUCAUGUAGCUGAAACUGAUUUGGAUUCAGAUGAUGACAAAACAAAAGAAAAACUGAACAAUUUUAUGAAAGAUUCUACAUCACAAGAUCAUGGACAAAGAAGAAAAGUUUCCAGGAAAAGGGUCUGUUCCAGUGACUCAGAGAGCAAUUCAAAGGUGGUUAAGAAACCCUCCAAAGCCAAAACGGGUCUCCUCAGGAUUCCUCGAAGAUGCGCAACCACCGCUGCCAGUAAGAUUAAACUUAUGAGUGAUGUGGAAGAUGUUAGUUUAGAAAGGAUGUGUACUAGAAGCAAAAGUGGGAGGAAAAAGCCCCUCCGUUCUGCAUGUGCCACAGCUAAGAAGACAACGAGCGGUUCCGAGGUAGACGUAAACUGUGAAGUGCCAAAUGACCAGGAUGCCUGUGAAGGAGAGUCACCCGAAGCCGACUCAGAAGGUAGUACAAAGAGCAUUCAUCAGUCUUCACAUGGAGACUCAGGUUCUGAAGGUAUGUCAAAUUCAGAACAUAGGAACAGGCCUAUGAGGCAUACCAGUAAUCACAAAACAAAAGCUGCACCUUCUAGAACAAAGAAUUCAUUGAUUGGGUCUUCAGAGGAAGAUUCAAAAAGCCAUAUUCCAGGGGGUGAGAUUGGUAGAAAAUUUUCUUCUGAGUCAGCUUUGGAGCAGACAGAUACUGCAGAGACCAACUUUGAAGAGGAACUGAACUACGGGCUGCGCAGGUGGAAUGGCAGAAGACUCAGGACCUAUGGGAAGGCUCCUUUCAGUAAGACAGAAGUCAUUCAGGACUCACAGGAAGCAGCUAAGAUGGAAAUCAGAAGAAAGAGACUACAUCCUGAAUUGGAGAAUGUGAAAACUUUAAAAACAACAGGGAAUUCAGAGUGUGGACCUGACACUAGUCCCAGAUCUGAUUCAGAGUUGGGGUCUGUAACUGAAUCGGAUGUUGACUGUGCCGAUGAGACAAAAACCAAAAAGAGGAAAAUGAAGGGAAAAGCAAAAGUAGUUAGAAAAGAAUCUGUUCCUAGAGACAGAAAACCCAAUACAAAAAUGAGAACAUGUUUGCAUAAUCAGAAGGAUGCAGUGCAGAUGCCUAGUGACACUGUGAAAGCAAAAAUGGUGCCUGAGAGAGUUCCCCGCAGAUGUGCUACUGUUGCUGCAAAUAAAAUAAAGAUAAUGAGUAACCUAAAGGAAACAAUUUCAGGACCAGAAAAUGUCUGGAUUAGGAAGAGUAGCAGAAAACUGCCCCAUCGAAAUGCUUCUGCUGCGGCUAAGAAAAAGUUACUGAAUGUUUAUAAAGAGGAUGAUACAAGUAUAAAUUCUGAAAGUGAAAAAGAGCUAGAAGAUAUUAAUAGCAGAAUGCUUUUGUUUUAGGUCAGAUCCUGGAAAGCAAAAGCAAGUAGUUAGUGUCUAUGAAAAUGUAGAAAUGGAAUUGAAAACCAUCCGGGGCCACAAGUAAGCUGGCAGUUGCAUUUUGCUCUUAGCUCUAAAGUUAAUCCCUUGUUGGCACCUUUCAAGGAAUUUUCUGAAAGCCAUAAUCCAGAGAGUCAAGGUGGGUCCUAGGAAGGCUUCCUCCCAUGGAGCCUUUGUACAGACACAAACUACAAAGAAUUCUGAGGAGGAAAUAGAUUUGUGAAGCUGGUAGUUGCAGAGGUGCAAAGAAAAGACUGAUGGCCUCUCCUAAGAUUAUUCCUCUUCAGAAAGGAAGGACCUUGGAGAAAUUUCUUGACUCCUUAGAGGAAGAAAAUACAGUCAUCCAUAUAUCCCAGGGGUGGGGUUAGUUCCAGGAUCCCCCCAAAUCUGCAGAUGCUCAAGUUCCUUCUAUAAAACAGGGAAGUAUUUGCAUAUAACCUAUGCACAUCCUCCCAUAUAUUUUAAAUCCUCUCUACAUUACUUACAGUGCAAAUGCUAUAUAAAUAGUUGUCACACUGUCUUGUUUAAGGUCUAAUGACAAAAAAGUAUAUUCAGUACAAAGCAACUACAGUUGGCCUAACUACAUAGUACACGCCAGCAACAAUGUGAUUCCCCACCCCCGCAACAGUGCAUGUGGAACCCUUAGAGAUGGAGGACCCACCCUAAUGGGAAGUACAGAGGGUCUACAGAAAACACUUAAGGGAAUGAAAGAAACUCAAAAUCUCAACCUGCUAAUUUUCAGGGUUCUGCAUUAGAGAAUAAAAAUUCAGACCACCACACCACGACUGUGGAUGGUGUCGUUAUCAAAUAAUAAAGAACAUUUCAAGAAGUGCCAUUGAGCCUAUUUGACUUCUGAGUGAAACAUAAUUUAUCAAGGUGUAGUCUGGACAAUGCAGAAUCCUAACAGCAAAACUUUUUGGACAGAAUGAUUCAAUGAUGUGGAUUUUAAUAAUCGAGUUCUGAAGUAGUAUUGGAAACAGAAAAUCCAUUAAUGUCUUAUUUUAUUCAUAAUAUUGAAAUUCAUAUUGAAUGAUGACCACUUGGUAUGACUAUUCAGGGAAUAUAUAUUUUUCUACGAAAGCCAUGAAUGUGACUAUCACAACUUCGUGUCUUCAUUUUUACUUUCAGGCAGCAGCAUUUACAGAGAUGCCAAAAUGUGUCUCAUGAUGAGGCCGGUCUUAGUUUUAAUCAGUCCGAAAAUAAAGUAUAGAUUAAGAUCAAAAGUCAUAUUUUUAGAUGACUCAGUGAUGCCCUCUUAUGUUUCUCUACAGCUUAAAAGUUAGAACUUUAUGAAAACUUACUGAAUUUAUUAGAAUCUCAUCACAACCAACUUUAAUGGCAGUGUGUCUGAGCUAUUUCAUGGUGACCUUCACUAGGAUUAGAAAAUCUGGUUUUGUUACUAUAAAGAAUUUCUUUGAAAUGAUGUUUAAUUUGUUAAUAGGUAGUUGUUGAAAUUAAAGUCACCAGAUUAAAUGAAUGCACUGUCAAAUCUUAAUAUAGAACAUAAUAUUGGAAAGCUGAAUUGUUAAUUGUUUUCCUAUUUAAACAUACCUAUGAAUACUAAUAUAUGAUUUGCAUGUUUAAAUCUGAAAAAGUAAAACAUAGAAACCUAAGGGUUUCUACUUGUUUUUCAUUAAAAGACUAACACAAUGCAUAUUUUUUGGUUAUACAGAUUGGCCAAGUGUCUAGAGUAUUUGAGAAAUUUGUUUGUGGUUGCAUGUCUGCUUAAAAAAAGGCUUUUUUGUUUUCUUUUUCUUAGCAUAAGUCAGAAUACUUCUACCCUACAGUUCAUGUCCUUUGCUCUGUUCAUAGUAUAUUUUCAUGUGAAAUACUGAUACUAGUAUCUUGUUACUAGUGCAGUUGAGAAAGGGGAGGAGAAUUCCUAAUACAUGAUUUUUAGGUACAUGGGGUUUAAUUUUUUGGUAAUCUAGGUAAUUAAAUCUAUUUCCAGUCCUACAUUUAUAUUUGUUGGGUAUAUCAUCAACACCUCAAAAUGAAAAUAUUUGAAAUAUCUGAGUUAAGAUUUUUUUAAAAGAUCUUAUUUAUUCUUAGAGCGUAAGAGAGGGAAACAUUGAUCAUUUGGCUCUCACAAGCCCCCAAAUGGGGACCUGGCCUGCAACCCAGGCAUGUGCCCUGGCUGGGAAUCUUACCUGGGACCAUUCAGUUCACAGGCCAGCACUCAGUCCACUGAGCCACACCAGCCAGGGCUUAGUUAAGAUUUUAUGCAGAACUUUUUGACAAUUUCAGUGUCAUGAAAGAAUGUCACUUUAGAAUUUAUAAUUUACUCUGUUGGGGUUAAAUUCUGUCAGUACUUGAGAUUGUAUCAUCAGCCUUUUUUCAUGACGGAACUCCUCCUCUGGUUUAGUAUUUAAUUUGAACAUAUAUUUGCCUUUUUUUAAGUGCUUGGCCUAAAAUUAUUGUAACUGUAUGAAAUAAGCUUUUGUUUAAAACUUAA